AUGGCUAAAGAUUUUUUGCAGCUGAUAGGUUACCUGGGAAAGAAGAAAAUUGCAGAUCCGGAACUGAUGACUAAAUCGAAGGCGUGUGCCAAACGUGUGCGUUUUGCUGACGCUCUUGGCUUGGACUUGGAAAAACGACAGUACUUCACGGAAAAAGAUCCAGAUCUUUUCCCGACACCACCAUCUUCUCCAACUCCUGGACAUCGCCUUGUGCUGUCCAACUUCGUUUAUUGCUCUGAAUCCGAAUAUAAUCAGCGAGCUCGCGACCAAAUGGUGUGUUUGGCGAAGCUACGCGUUCAUGGUCACACCAUAAAUGGCCAGGUCAACGUCGCAAACAUCGCUUUUUCCAAAGAGGUUGCGAUUCGCUACACUACCAGCAAUUGGGCCACCCACGACGAGGUCGCCGCAACUUACGGACACACCGUCUUUGGCGCUGACAACGUCGACGCCUUUGUAUUCUCAAUGAUGCUUCCCGCAGGUGUAAAGGAAGGACAAUGCCAGUUCUGUGUGCGUUUCUCCGUGAAUGGUCAAGAAUUCUGGGACAACAACUCGGGAAAGAACUACUGCGUGGACAUUGUUCCGGACGCGUCACUGCCGCCGUCGUAUGAGCGCUGUCCCGUACCCACAAUGACUCCAGCAGUCACCACGUUUUUCACACCGCGUCGUCUACGCCGUUGGGGAAGGGCCCAAGAGGAAUCGGACGAUGAGAGCUCACGCGUGUACAUCCCUCGCCGUAGGGCUGUGCUGUAG